UUAUCCCAUUGACCAUCAGUCACGAUUCGAAGUGGAAUUAUCUAUAUUCCCAACCUCAAUCUACUCAAUAUUCUUGGACACAGCACCACGGACAGGUUAUUCACGUGCUCAACUGAAAAUGUUGGAUCCGUUGACUUGCCUCAGUAUUGCCUGCAGCGUGAUGCAGAUAGUAUCCUUUUCUCACGAUGUCACUUCUAUUGUCAAGCGUAUCAAGAAGGAUGGCACUGCGGACCCCCAACUUCGCGAGCAUGCUGACAAUCUUUCCAAAUCGUCGGAGGGGCUGGAGCAGUACCUCCAAAGUUGCGACCUGAAGCACCUCCCCAAAAAUCAGGAGGACCUUCGGGAAAUUGCCUCGAAGUGUCUGGAAACUUCGAAGGAGAUUCAAUCAAAGAUGGACAAAAUUGACUCGAGUCGAGGUUUUCUUGUCUUGAGGGCAUUAAAAUUGAAGUGGCGGAAGGGUGAUUUCGAGAAACUGGAACAAGAUAUGCGAAAAUACCAAGAUACAAUGCAAACUCACAUUUUGGUCCAUCUAUGCAACCAAAAUGAUGCCGCUGCUCUGGAGCAGCAAGCUGGGUUCCAAAAGCUCGACGAGAUUCUCAAAAAAUUCAUCAGAGCGUAUGUGCAAGGCCAAGCGCAACUUAGAGAUCUCAUUUCGGACGAGUUUUGGGCAACCCAGGAAUUGGUAUCUGCUGCGAACGAAGCUACAAGUCGACAAAUAGAGGCAGAGAGCCACAAAACCCGCGAGCAUGUUACUACGACCCAAGCUGCUACAGAAUCCCGACGAGAUCAACAAGCUCAACGGCAACAAGUCCUCGGUAGUCUUUGUGAUAAGGAUAUGAAUGCACGUCGAAACCAAAUCGAGACGCGCCAUACAGACACAUUCUCCUGGGUAUUCAGUGAAGUAAUCCAAAGACCAUGGGAUAGCUUCACGGAAUGGCUGAGCUCUAAAGAUUCGAUCUACUGGAUCAGCGGAAAAGCGGGGUCAGGAAAGAGUACAUUGAUGAAAUUCCUCAUUGAUGAUGAGAGAACUAGCCAAUACCUCUACAAAUGGGCACCAGACUGUUCGAUCUACUCACACUUCAUCUGGAACUCGGGGACGAGAAUACAGGGAAGUAUUCUAGGCCUCCUUCGCUCUUUACUUUAUCAGAUAUUUGACGCUCACGAGUAUAUUCUGGUUCACAUCCUGCGGAAAUGGCCAAAGUUCUCGAGGAAUAAGAAUCCUGAAGAUUGGUCAAGGGGUGAUCUGGAAGAAAUUUUGGUUCAUUCUUUAUCUCUGCAUCAAAAAGGUGUCUGUAUCUUCCUUGACGGACUGGACGAAAUCGAUCCAAGAGACGGUCCGUUCGAUCUUCUGCAUCUCGUUAGACAGAUUUCAUCCAUUCCAAAAAACAACGGUCUUAAAGUCUGCGCAUCAAGUCGCCCCGAAGCCAGUUUCAUUCAGGGGCUUACAACUUGCCCAAAACUCAGACUUCAAGACUUAACGAAGCAUGAUGUGGAAGUCUACGCGAAAGACUUUUUGCAAACCAAAUGCACGUUCAAUUUGUCAGGGAUCGAUGAAAGUCAAUUCACUGACGAGAUUGUCAGCAAGGCUAAUGGAGUGUUCCUUUGGGUGUCUCUCGCUCUCAAGAGCUUGCAGAGGGGAAUCACCAACGGUGAUGAUCCGACUAAGCUCAUGGAACGGCUCCGUGCGCUCCCAUCCGAGCUCGGAAAACUUUAUGAGGAGAUGCUAAAAAGGCUUGGUGAUGAUCAGGGCCUUUAUAGCAUGGAAGCUGCAAUGCUUUUCAACAUUUUUAUCCUUUUUUCCGAGAACCUGCCCUAUGCGCGUCCGAAUCUGUUUCAGUAUGCGGUUGCGAUUGAUCCAGCUCUGCGUGAUAUGCUUCCAAAGCAAAAGACCCCGCCCUCCCCAACAAGUUUGAAGAAAUCCUUGCUUGAGGUAGACCGCAAGUUGAUGUCUCGAUGUGCAGGGAUACUGGAGGUAGUUUCUCACUUAAAAGGGCAAGCGGAUAUCGAGCACAUUCUUUCCAGAGACGUCAUUAGACCUUGGGACGCCAUCGGAAUUGAAUUUCUUCACAGAAGCGCGAAGGAUUUUUUACUGAGCAUGAAAGACACGCUUUUGGAUCAAGACCCAACAUCAGCGGCUAAACGCCAAUUCCAAGUACUUCAAGCUAUUAUCCUUGAGGGUUCCUAUCCGCCUAAGAAUUAUCGACCGGAGGGCAAUGCUGCAAUGAAAAUUAUGAUCGAGGCGAAACCCACAUUGCCAAACGACCAGGAAAUGGAUCUUCUCAAGUUAACCCAGGAAAUCUAUGAGCGGAACGGCUGGUGCGAGUUUUAUGAACUCGCAGCUCGGUAUGGUCUUCAUCAACCGCUUAUCCAUCUCCUAGAGAAUAGUCCUGGAGAUAUCACUCCUCUUCGAAACUAUCUUUUGCUUUGCUCUUUAACCAAUCACAACGUUAGAACCAAUACCACGGUAUCUCAGCUUCUUGGAAAGGGCGGCAAUUGUAAGAACAGUGUUGCUCUUUUUCCGGUGUUUAUGGAAGCUGAUAGCUUUUUGUCUCUGCCCGUACCUUUGCUUGGAUACUUUUUCGCAGAGGCGUAUUCAGUAUUCCACGAGGAAAGCAAGCUUAUUGAGAAAAUGGUCGCCUUAUUUCUUGAAGCUGGGGCAGAUCUUGAACAAAAGUUUCUGUAUCCAACGUUAGGGAUCUCGGGUGCUGCUCACUAUGAGGUUACGCAUAGGACUCGUCCGUGCUACACAGGCUACCCCCUCAAACCCAAUGGCUUCGAUUUGCUUCUUGAGAUAAAUUGUAUCGAGAUCAUUUUGACAUAUUUUGUUGCCCGCAACCAUUUUACCCCUGCGGAAAGAUUGGCGGUGAUUUCGAGGUUAGGGCUUGAUGUAGAGAGAGCACAUCACAAAGUGCUCCUCUAUUUCUAUGAAGACACUGUAUAUGGAGCAGAGGACGAAGAUUCUGACACCCUGAACCAAAUUUUGGACUGGCCACCACCGUCACGGAUACACCGCGAGGCAGACAGCGGAGAGACGAGAGAGGAAUGGGAGAGGAAGAGGCAACCACAGUUCGAAAAAGUACGGGAGGUGUUGAAAGGGAAAGAAGUGGAUGAUGUUAAAAAAUGGCUGACCGACAGAGGACAUGUGUUUCCGGAAGACAGCGAUAUGGCGGCAAUUUCCGAUCAAGCUUCGGUUCACGAAAUGGCUGAAAUAUAUGAAAGGAUCAGGAAAACGGUUGGUAAGGGACGGUAGACGUAGCUCGUUCGAGAUCAUAGCGAUAGCAGCAAAGCUUUUGCACACUUGUCUCGUUCAUUUAAAC